UUAACAAUUCUUAGACAAGACUGCGGCUUCUCCAAAAUGCAUAUCACAUGUAUCUUCAAAAUCCUCAAGAACAAAACUGGAAGAAUAAAUCAUUAGAAUAGACAAAAACAGUGCGCUCUAACAUAUCUUGGGCAACAAUGGGGAUCACAAACAAAUCAAAAAUGUUUUAGCCUUUUGUUAACAAGAAUUCCACAUCUCCAAAAUGCAUAUCAGUCUUCUCCUCAAAAUCCUCAUGAACUACACAAUCAGCAACUCUGGUGACUUUGGCUGCAAUUUGCAUAGACAUACCAAGCCUAGCAAAUGGGCUACGGCCUCGAGGGGGAAGAGUUCCGUGGAUAUAGUCUCUUUGUCGAAAGGUGGCCAGGCACAUCAUAUCCGGCUGAAACUUGAUACCAAAGCCGCAUUCAGGGAAAAUGAAGUGCCCAUCCUUGACAUUGUAACCGUCUACCUUGAAGGCAAGGUCUCCUGUCCUUUUAAACGUAGGAAUUGAUAGAAGAAAAGCAAAAGGUAGGGAUGG